GAGGGAAGGAGGAACGAAAGCCUUGCCUUUACAGAUAAGGCAGAUAACGUGAGCCUUGUGGCAGCAGCCAUCUGAAGAGCAUAGCGGCCUUAGCAGCCCAGCUUUUAAUCCCUGAACUGUAGAGGCUGAGGCUGUGAGGUUCAAAGAACAGCCUGGUCUACACUGGGAGACAGGAAUUCCGAAAAGAAAAGAGCACUUUAUCUGAAGGUGAACCCUAACCGCUAGGGCUGGUUCACUAGCCAGGUCUGAGACAGGAUUAACCCUUAAGGAAGAGCCUGGGGUAGGUACAUCUCCAUUCAGAGUCCAUUCUUUACACCAGGACUUAACUGGAAUGAGAUCCUAGCCCUAAACUGCAGGUCCUACACUCCAGGGUCUUUGGGUAUGUGGUGAACCUGUGGUGACUGUAUUUAUUUGGGAGCAGGGCUCUUGUUCUCCUGAAGUAGAGGGACCCAGAGUAUCUGGGUGCUGAACAGAUGCCUCCACACGGUUAGAAAGCAAAGAUGAGGCCCACCCUGGGUGGACCGUGGAAUGUGAACAAGUGUCCCAGAAAAAAAAAGGUUCAGCCCUCAAAAUCGGAGGUCUGGGAGAGUGUCAGCGACCACGCCCACUCAGCACUGCUGGUUAGGCCGCCGCACUGUCUGCGGAGGUCCGGGCUGGGCGUGGCCGCCGAAGCCUGUGCAGGAGGCGACAGCGGUGGAAGUGGCCUGGGUCGGCCAAGAGAGGCCUGGGGACAUGCAAGAGGCGGGGAUGGAGUGUGUGUGUGUGGGUGGGUGGCAGGGACUGGGGGUUGUCUGCUUGGUGACUGGGUGCUAUGCGGCCACAGGGGUUCUGUGCGUCGCCGCAGCGGCGACGGAAGUGACGCGACGUUGCCAAGCGGCUGUUGCUAGGCGCUGCGCUGCGUGUCUUGCGUAGGAAGGCGUCAGCUGAGGCGGGAAGUGCGAGCUGUAGCGCCAUGGCCGGAGGUAGCGGCGCGCGCUGUCGUCAGGUCUCGCGUCCCGGGAGUCCCGGGAGUCCCGGGUCCGAGGUCCGCCGUGCGUCACUGACUGCACCUCGCGCCGAAGCCUGUCCCGCGAGCGAAGGCGAAGGGUCGCGGCGCGCUGCCCAAGACCGGUGCUCAGGCGCCGUCCCAUCUGCAGCUUGGCAGCACCCUUUCCUCAACGUAUUCAGACACUUCAGGGUGGAUGAGUGGAAACGGUCCAGCAAAGAGGGAGAUGUGGCCGUGGUGACGGACAAGGUCCUGAAGAGCUCCGUGUAUCGCAUCCGUGGGUCUGUAUCUGCUAGCAACUACAUCCAGCUCCCCAGAACUAGCACCCAGUCUCUGGGGCUGACUGGGAGGUACCUGUAUGUGCUUUUCCGGCCUCUGCCUACCAAGCAUUUUGUCAUCCACCUGGAUGUGUCCACCGAGGACGGCCAGGUCAUCCGUGUGUCUUUCUCCAACCUCUUUAAGAAGUUCAAGUCCUCCGCAACAUGGCUUCAGUUUCCCUUUGUCUUCGAGACUAAGACACCCAGGAGAGGUGGUGACACCUGGUCCAGGGGGGACAGCUUGAAUGAAGGCCUAGGACGGGAUGACCUGGCAGGUGUGGUUCCUCCUAGUGUCCGAUGGACCUGCCUGCAGCUGGACCUGCAUGACAUCCUUAUGUUCUACUUGAGCCGGCGCUAUGGCCACCUCAAGAGCAUCAGGCUGUGCGCCAGCCUGCUAGUCAGAAAUCUCUACACCAGUGAUCUGUGCUUUGACCCUGCUGUCACUGUCGCUGAGGCCCGUCGUGCAAAGUUAUCUGUCAACCCUGUGCCUCGAGAAAUGGCCUUCCCAGUGCCAAAAGGGGAAAGCUGGCAUGACCAUUACAUCCACGUUCGGUUUCCAAGAGACGACUCAAAAGUGCCUGAGGAGCCGGUUGAGAAGAACUGUUCCCUUCCAGAGGCAGUCUUCUUAGGGCAUGUGUCACGGCGCCUGCCUCAUCCGGUGGUCUCUGGCAAACCUUUGCUGAGCAGUAGGUCCCCUGAGGGCCAGAUUCCUAGUCUUCCAUUGCCGUGCCAGGUCCCCUCAGCACCCAGAAUCCCUCCAGAGGUCAGUCUGACCUACAAGGAUCCAGAAGUCUCCAGUGGAGGUGCCGCCAGAAUCCGUGGCCAGCGUCCUUCAGCCUGGAAUGAGGUUACUGAUGCACACACGGUGGUCAGUGAUAGGCAUGUUCUUGCUGACAAACCACCUGGAGUGCCCAUGGCCCUUGAGGCUAUUCGCUCCUGUAAGCUGUUCCUCCCAGACCCAGUCCUGAGGCUCAGGGGAGUCAUCGGCUUUGGGGGUCACAGCACCCAAUGGGCCCUGUGGACCAAAGAUGGUAUGGCUGUUGUUUACCCCUGCCAUGCAGUCAUCAUCGUCCUGCAGAUUGAUACCGGCCAGCAAAGAUUUUUCCUUGGUCACACAGACAAGGUCUCUGCACUGGCUCUUGAUGGGAACGAUGUACUGCUAGCAUCAGCCCAGGUGCAGCCUCCCAGCAUGGUGCGUCUCUGGGACUUCCAGACUGGGGGAUGCCUGUCCAUCUUCAGAAGCCCGCUGCAUACCAUCUGCUCCCUCAGCUUCUCCAGGAGUGGGGCGUUCCUCUGCGGUGUGGGCAAGGACCGACAUGGGAGGACGGUGGUGGUGGCCUGGAGCACAGACAAGGUGGGCCUUGGUGGUGAGGUGGUGGUUCUUGCAAAGGUGCACACUGACUUCGACAUUCAGGCCUUCCGGAUUGCCCUUUUUGAUGAAACCAGGAUGGCAUCAUGCGGUCGGGGCAGUGUGCGGCUGUGGCGGCUGCGGGGCGGCGUCCUGCGCUCCUGUGCUGUGGACCUAGGGGAGUACUGUCCGCUGGAGCUCACUGACCUCGCCUUUGCACAGACCCUGGAUGGCCACUGGAGACCCUUGGCCGGCAUGCUCUUCGUGUGUAGCCAUAGUGGUCACAUCCUGGAGAUCGACCACCGGCGCAUGACGGUGCAGCACGUCCGCCGCUUGCUGCCCACUCGGCCCUCUGGUGUUCCUCUCACCGAGAAACAGAGCUUCAGCAUGGGGUCCGGCAUCGCUAUCAGCAGCCUCGGUGUCUCUACUACCACAUGUGCUGUGGGCUCUGAGGAUGGCUACCUGCGCCUCUGGCCCCUGGACUUUUCCUCAGUGCUUCUAGAGGCCGAACACGAUGGCCCUGUCAGUUCAGUCUCCUUCAGCCCCGACGGUCUUCGUGUACUGUCCACCACCACCUCAGGCCACCUGGGCUUCCUGGACAUGCCCUCCCGGGAGUAUACUGUAUUGGCACGCUCCCACAUGGCCCCAGUGCUGGCGCUUUCUACAGAGCAGAACCGGGGACAGAUGGCCACUGUGUCCCUUGACCACACUGUCCGCAUCUGGGACCUGGCUACCCUACAGCAGCUGUAUGACUUCUCAUCCUCUGAUGAAACCCCCUCUGCUGUUGCUUUCCACCCCACAUUGCCAAGCUUCUUCUGUGGCUUCAGCAGUGGGGCUGUACGCUCCUUCAGCCUGGAGAACUCUGGAGUCCUGGUCGAACACACGCGUCACCGAGGGGCCAUCACCAGCCUGGUCAUCACCCCUGACGGCAGAUUCCUGUUCAGCUCCUGCUCUCAGGGCUCCCUAGUCCAGUACAACUGUGCUGUCGCCCGAUGCUGCGUCCUCCGUGUGGCAGCCAACAUGGUAUGUCAGGAUGGCCACCCCAACCCCAAUACUCUGGCAGUCAGCAGAGACAGUUGCCGGCUGGCCUUUGUGGGUCCGUCCAAGUGCAAGGUGACAGUCGUGGAGUCAGACUCCUUGAAUGAGCUGCUACAUGUUGAUGUCAGCACUCUCCACCUGGCCAGCAACCACCCGGACUGGGCUGUGGCCGUCUGCUUCAGCCCCGGGAACUCAGGCCAUCUGCUGGUGUCCACAUCCUCUAAUAAGGUUGUGGUACUGGAUGCUGUGUCAGGACACACUAUCCAAGAGUUAUCUAGCGUCCGCUCCAGAGCCUGCGCCUCCCUGGCUAUUAGUGAGGAUGCUCGUUUGCUGCUGGGAGCCACUGGCCGGACCAUUACAGUGUGGGAUUAUCCAACGCAGGCGAGUCCUAGCUGCCAGGUAUACAUUGGCCACUCAGAGCCUGUGCAUGUUGUAGCCUUCACCCCUGAUCAGCAGCAGGUCCUCAGCGUGGGGGAUGCCAUCUUCCUCUGGGAUGUCCUGGCCACCCCUGAGAGAGACCAAAGUGAUCCUGGGACCCCCCCAGUCCAUGAGGCGGGCUCUACUGUAGGACAGCUGGAGGACCUGGCAUCUGGGGCCAGCGGACUCCCUCGGCAGCAAGUGCCCUUACCAUCUCAGGCAUCACCACCCCCACUGAGUAUCCAUGACAGGCCCCUGGAAGGAGGCACUUUUUCCACAUCGGAUGAGGAAGGACCCUGUGAGGAGAACCAUGUUUCUGAGGUGUUCCUCCAAGGCCAGGCCCCAACCCCACCUGUGCUGGUGGAGAAGGAGGCCAGUGGAGCUGGAGAUGGCCCUCGGGAGGCUGCAAAGGGCUCACAGACACUUGCUGUGCUUCCUUGUCACCACAGUCAAACAAGUGAAUGGAGCCUUCAGAGAGCAAAGGCUGGCCUCCCAACCCGCCCAGACUCCUACAAGCACUUCACAGCUCGCUAUAAGGCCUCCACGCGGGUCAAGAGUGUCUCCUUCCCUCCCGUUGGCAGGGAGCAGCUGCGACUGAAGGCCGUUGUAGGCUACAAUGGGAACGGGCGGGCCAACAUGGUUUGGAGGCCCAACACAGGCUUCUUUGCCUACACAUGUGGCCGCCUGGUGGUGGUGGAGGACCUGCAUUCUGGCACCCAGCGGCACUGGUGCGGCCAUCCCCAGGAGAUCUCUACUCUGGCACUCAGCGAGGAUGGCCAGGUCCUGGCCUCUGCCUCCUGCUGUGGCAACACAGCUGCCCACUGUCAGAUCCGAAUUUGGGAUGUUCCCAAGGGCCUCUGUCGGCACCUCCUUUCCCAUCAUGACACAGCUGUACAAGCACUGGCCUUUUCCCCAGACGAUGAGUUCCUUGUAACACUAGGGGACUAUGCUGACCGCACCCUCGCCCUGUGGAGCAUGACCACCUAUGAACUGCUGUCAUCCACUCGCUUCCCAGAGCCUGUGCAUGGUGUGGCCUUUAAUCCCUGGGAUGCCAAUGAGCUCAUCUGUGUGGGCACAAGUGCCAUCACCUUCUGGCUCCUGCAGCAUCAUGGGACAGACACCAGCUUCCAGGUACACCGAGAACCAGUCCCUGAGGAGUUGGGGGCAUCCGAGUUGACCUCACUCUGCUAUGGGGCCAGCCCUCUGCUCUACUGUGGCUCCAGCUCUGGCCAGGUCUGCGUCUGGGACACUGGCACUGGCCACUGCUUCCUGGCCUGGGAGGCUGAUGACGGCGAGAUUGGAGUGCUGCUGUGUUCUGGCUCGAGACUGCUCAGUGGCAGUAACACACGAAGGCUGCGUCUUUGGGCCGUGGGGGUUGUGCCAGAGCUGAGGCGCAAAGGCUCAAGUGCCAGGUCCAAUUCUGUUUUCAUGGAGCGUGAGCUGACCCUGGAUGGGGCUGUGGUGAGUGCCAGCUUUGACAGUGGCAUGGACAUGGGUGUAGUGGGCACCACAGCUGGCACGCUCUGGUAUAUCAACUGGACAGAGGGCACUAGCACCCGCCUCAUCAGUGGCCACAGGAGCAAGGUAAACGAGGUGGUCUUCAGCCCCAGUGAGUCUCACUGUGCCACCUGUGGCGAGGAUGGGAGCGUGAGGGUGUGGUCUUUGGCCAGCAUGGAGCUGGUGAUCCAGUUUCAGGUGCUGAACCAGAGCUGCCUCUGCCUUGCCUGGACCCCCCCAUCCUGUGGACGCCCAGAGCAGCAGCAGGUGGUGGCAGGCUACAGCGAUGGCACACUUCGAGUCUUCAGCAUCUCUCGGACUGCCAUGGAACUCAAGAUGCACCCCCACCGGACUGCUCUGACAGCCAUUGCCUUCUCCACUGAUGGUCAGACUAUCCUAUCUGGAGACAAGGAUGGGCUUGUGGCUAUCAGCCGCCCCUGCACAGGAAUGACCUUCCGCAUGCUCAGUGACCAUCGGGGCGCUCCAAUCUCUGCUAUCCAGAGCACAAACAAAGAGUAUGGAGACUUAGGGGUAGAGGGUGCAGAACUGUGGCUGGCUGCAAGUGGGGACCAACGGGUCAGCAUCUGGGCCUCUGACUGGCUCCAGGACCGCUGUGAGCUCCUGGAAUGGUUGAGCUUUCCUGCACCUGCAAUCUCAGAGGCUCCAGGCCUCCCGCCCCCGUCUCUUGCUGCCUUCUGCCCUUGGGAUAAGGCGAUACUGGUGUGUGUGGGCCUUGGUGCACAUGAAGAGGUAGUCUUCUACAGCCUCCGCCAAAAGCAGGUGGUGCAGAAGACACCGCUGCCCUUCUUUGCCAUGUCCUUGAGCCUGUCCCCAGGGUCCCAGCUCAUGGUGGUUGGUUUUGCUGAAUGCAUGCUGAGGCUCCUGGACUGUGCAUCAGGGACUACCCAGGACUUUGAAGGCCAUGAUGACGCAGUCCACCUGUGUAGGUUCACCCCGUCUGGAAAACUGCUCUUCACAGCUGCUCACAAUGAGAUCCUGGUGUGGGAAGUCACUGGCUCCUGAGCAAUUGCUAGGAACAUAGGCAGAAAAGCCAGGCUCUGGGUUGUUGUAUGCUGAGCCAGGAUGACUGGGACAAUCUUCAGAACUACAUUGAGUUUGGGUAAAUCUGAAAACAUUUAAGGAGGCUGAGGGUGUGGCAGUGUUUUAUAAUCUGUGAAGAUAUGGAUUUGAUCCCCAGAACCACUCCUCCCAAACACAGAAGACUUAGCAUACUGUGGAGGUUGCAUGAAUGUUAUUUUAUUGUUUUCAUUUUGUACAGUUUAAACAAAUAAAAAUGGCAUUU